CAUUAUUUUGUUGUACAACGGCGACGGCGACGCUUUUCGUUCACAGUGUAGCGUUUAUUUUAGCGUGUACGUUUUAAUUUAUUAUUGUUAAUGUUGUAUGUAAUAUGAAUAGAAAGUAUUUAUAAGUGUACACAAUUAAGUUCCACUAUGUUUUAUCAUAUAUCAUUAGAACAUGAAAUUCUUCUGCACCCUCGGUAUUUUGGGCCGCAGUUGCUAGAUAUAGUAAAGCAGAAGUUAUAUACUGAAGUGGAGGGCACUUGUACGGGAAAGUAUGGUUUUGUGAUAGCUGUGACUGCAAUAGACAGUAUAGGAGCUGGUCUGAUCCAGCCAGGACAGGGGUUUGUGGUGUACCCUGUCAAGUACAAGGCGAUAGUGUUCCGGCCAUUCAAGGGGGAGGUCCUUGAUGCUAUUGUUACUCAAGUUAAUAAGGUUGGAAUGUUUGCACAAAUUGGGCCAUUGAGUUGUUUCAUUUCACAUCAUUCCAUUCCCGCUGAUAUGGAGUUCUGUCCAAAUGUGAAUCCCCCAUGCUACAAGAGUAAACAGGAAGAUAAUGUCAUACAGGAAGAGGAUGUCAUCCGGCUUAAGAUAGUUGGUACUAGGGUGGAUGCUACUGGCAUUUUCGCCAUUGGAACAUUGAUGGACGAUUACCUAGGAUUAGUAACACAGUAACAUUUAUAAAUAAAAAAAUAAAUAAUAAGUGUACAAAUACAAAA